AUGGCGUUCAGAGGUUUCGCGGUGUUCUCGAUCCUUUUGUUAUCUUUGUUCGCUUCCUCCAUCGCAAGCGAACAGACGAAGGAGUUCGUCUUGACUCUCGAUCACUCUAACUUCACCGAAACCAUCAACAAGCACGACUUCAUCGUCGUCGAAUUCUACGCCCCAUGGUGUGGUCACUGCAAGAGCCUUGCUCCUGAGUACGAGAAGGCUGCAUCGGAAUUGAGCAGUCACAGCCCUCCUCUAGUUCUGGCCAAGAUUGAUGCCAGCGAGGAAUCAAACAAAGGAAUUGCAAACGAGUACAAGAUUCAGGGUUUCCCAACCAUCAAGAUCUUGAGGAACGGAGGAAAAUCUGUUCAGGAUUACAACGGACCUCGUGAGGCUGAUGGUAUUGUCUCUUACGUGAAGAAGCAGAGUGGUCCUGCUUCAGCUGAGAUUAAGUCAGCUGCUGAUGCUGCUGAGGUUGUUGGUGACAAGGAUGUCGUUGCUGUUGGUGUGUUCCCUAAAUUAUCCGGUGUGGAGUAUGAUUCUUUCAUGGCUCUUGCUGAGAAAUUGCGCGCUGACUAUGACUUCGCACACACUGUGGACGCCAAGCUUCUUCCUCGUGGAGAGUCAUCUGUGUCAGGACCUGUAGUGAGGCUAUUCAAGCCUUUCGAUGAACUCUUUGUCGAUUCCAAGGAUUUCAAUGGAGAAGCUCUAGAGAAAUUUGUCAAAGAGUCAAGCAUUCCACUUGUCACCGUCUUUGACAAUGAUCCAAGCAACCACCCUUACAUUUCCAAAUUCUUUGACAGCCCUGCCACCAAGGCAAUGAUGUUUGUGAACUUCACCGGAGAAGGAGCUGAAUCACUAAAGUCAAAGUUCCGUGAAGUUGCUACAUCCUACAAAGGACAAGAUCUUACCUUCCUUGUUGGUGAUGCUGAGAGUGGCCAAGGCGCUUUGCAGUACUUUGGACUUGAAGAGAGCCAACUUCCUCUCGUCAUCAUCCAGACUCCUGACAGCAAGAAGUACUUGAAGGCAAACGUUGAAGCUGACCAGAUUGAGUCAUGGAUGAAGGACUUCAAGGACGGUAAAGUUGCAGCCCACAAGAAAUCUCAACCUAUUCCAGCUGAGAACAACGAGCCUGUGAAGGUUGUUGUUGCUGAGACUCUUGACGAAAUCGUCAUCAACUCUGGAAAGAACGUCUUGAUUGAAUUCUAUGCACCAUGGUGUGGACAUUGCCAAAAAAUCGCCCCAAUCUUGGACGAAGUAGCUGUGUCUUUCCAGAACGACCCAACUGUGAUCAUUGCAAAACUCGACGCAACCGCAAAUGACAUCCCAAGUGAUCCCUUUGACGUGAAAGGCUUCCCAACCAUAUACUUCAGAUCAGCGAGUGGAAACAUUGUAUCAUACGAAGGAAGCAGAACAAAGGAAGACUUCAUCAGCUUCAUUGAGAAGAACAAGCCAACUUCUUCUCACGGUGAAGAGUCUGCUGCUACUAAGGUUGAGGAACCUAAGAAGACUGAUGAAUCGGCCGCUAAGGACGAGCUGUAA